AAAUUUUUGGCGCGGAGUCGUGGUUGGGUGAAACUAGCCUUUGCGACGCUGCGACACGACAACGGUAAGAUCUUGGCGCACGGGCGCGCCAGUCCUUUUCUCCUUGGCAUCAUCAUUGCUCGCAUUGUCGAACACGCGCUUGCUAAACUUAGCUUCAAACGGCAGAUUCGCUUGCCUUCACAACGUCCAUGACCACACCCCGCGCCGAUUUUGCACGCCUCGCGUCGCCUCUGCACAACACGAGUGGGCGCGCCACACCCCUCGACGACGACGACCCUGCCGUACUGCCGCCGCGCGAGUCGCAAUUGUCCGCGUUGUGCCUUCGCCGCGCCGCGCUGCCAGUGCUCGCGAUGGCCGGGCUUAUCGUGGGCAUUCUCGCUGCCGUGGGCACCUUUAACCCCGACAACAACCAGGCGGUGACCACGGGCUCGGACGCGCUCACAGCGCCGACACCGAGUGUGACACUGGCGCCAACCCCCAAGCCGACGCCGAGCACCAAAGCAGCAUCACCGAGCCCAACGUCGGCCGACGGGUCUUGCCCCAACCGGGGCACGCACCUCGUUGGCAACAGCUGCGUGAGCUGCCCCGCGCCGAAGAAGACGUUUGGCGUGUUUUGGGAAUCCCAAGUCGACUGCUCGUCGUUUGCCUCCAGCAGCGCCGCGGCUUACGUGACCCAUAUUUACUGGAGCUUUGCGCUCAUUGACGCAGCCUCGGGCACCGUGAGCAGCUCGUUCCAGGGCUCGGACGCGACGCUCAAAGCCUGCUUGGCGCAGACCCGCGCAAAAUGCAUCAAAAACUACAUUAGCAUUGGCGGCGCGACCAUGCGCCAGACGUUCGUCGCGCUCAACUCGACCGCGCAGAUCGCCACGUUUGCGUCCACCGCAGCCCAAGUGGUUCAAAAGUUUGGCUUUGACGGUGUCGACAUUGACGACGAAAGUGGCAACCUCCUCGCGGCCGGCGACUGGAAGGCGAACGUCGCGCCCAGCGUCGUCGCGUACCUCACCGCCCUCAAGACGCAGCUGGGCAGUUUGCCACGCGCAGCCACCGAGCCUGCGUACCAAAUCACGUGGGACGAGUUCCCGACGUCGCUCAACCCCGACUGCAACACACCGACGGGGGACUUUCAGCGCUGCUUUGAUCCGCGCAUCGCGGGUAUCGUCGACCAUGUGAAUCUCAUGAUGUACAACGCCGCGUCGUCCACCGACUACGACACGUACUUGACGACAACGACACCGACGCUGUGGACCAAGACGGUCAAUCCGAUGCAAAUUAUUCUCGGUGGCUGUGUCGGCCCUGUCGGGACACUCGGCGGCUGUGCGUUUGGCGCGGCGCCAACGAGCACGCAACUCAGUGCGUAUGCGUCGCAAGGCGCGGCCCAGUACGGCGGCGCGAUGCUCUGGACAGCGUCGGCCGACAUGACGACAAACCAAGGCGCGACCUUAGUCGCCAUGGGCAAAGCGGGUGGGUACACCAACAGUGGCUAAACAAACACAACAAUACCCGUCGCAAACAACGUGUAUUGUCGGCUUUGCAAAAGCAUAGUGGUGCGUCUGUAUCCCGACCCACUUGAUAAAUUGAUAGAAACCCCGCUACCACACGGGCAAUGUGGUUCGCCA